GCCGCAAAGCCAAGCCGCUGCAGCUCGAACUCCUGACGCGAUCUUCGGUGGACAUCUAGCUACGAAAUUAACGUGUUCCUUGUGAAAUUCGUGUGUUUCUCUUUAGGUAAUUGGCAUUGUAGUCUCUGGUUUUGCGACGAUUUCUCCGGUGGAAGCACUCAGCACACAGCAGCGCUUGCGGGUGUAUAAAAUAUUGUGCAAACUUUAAGAUACAUUUAUGAGUGCUAACAGAAAGGCACCCGCACGCCGCAUAAGUAGACGCAUCUGUUAACACACAGGCGCCCAGUUUGUAUAGUGAUAAAAUGUGAAGUGCGUUUAACUGAAGUGAAAGAAAGCAAACGUAAAACACGUCCGCAAAAGUCAGCAGCAAAGCCGCCAGCUGCAAACUUGCCCUAGUUCGAAUUUACCAUAAGUAUAAACAUACACACACACACACACACAUACCCGCACACACUCUCAAACGGUGAUAAAAAAAUGAGUUCCCUCGAGGAAUUUGAGCGGCUGCGGCUGCAGGAGCAGCAGGAGCAAGUCGCACUGGAACUGGAACUGCAGCGAAAUCGCACCAUCAGCAUGCACAUCCAUCCAAAGCUCUCAGAGUAUUAUACACACAUGACGGCCUUUCUCUCGCUGGCCAUCUUCAUAGCCGCAUUGCUGACCAUACUCAACAUUUCCAUAUACCUGACGACCGUAUCGCGGCUGCGACGUCAUCUAAAUAAACCGCUGAGGAUACCCUCCAUAGUGAUGGUCAGUCUGUAUCCGAUCAUAUCGGUGGCUGCCCUGGUCACCAUAAUGGUGCCGUAUUCCUGGUUCAUAUGCCACACGGUGAUGCAUGCUAUGUUCAUGAUAGGCGGUCCGAUUUUUCGCACGCUGCUCUUUCGCUACGUCGACUCGGAGCAGAACUAUUUGAAGGAAACAUCCGGCGAGCCAGUUACGCUGGCUACGCCCCCGUGCUGCUGUUGCUGCCUCUGCCUGCCCAUGGUGGUGCCGACGAAGGCGAAGCUCUGCAUCUCCCGGUACAUGGUCUGGCAGAUGCCCUUCUGGCAGGGCAGCAUAAUGCUGAUCAUGAACAUACUCUAUUAUCGUGAUCGGGAUCUGUACCGCGAGGUGGUAUUCUUCUUCAUACCCUUCAUCAUAAUGUCGAUCGUAUUAGGCGCCUGGUCUCUGCAAAUCACGGUGCGCAUGAUUACCAAGCUCCGCGGCGACUAUCAGCUGCGGAAGAAGAUGUUCUGCCUGCAACUGGUGGUGAUGCUUUGCAAGCUGCAAUAUCUGAUACUCUACGAGCAGCUAAACUCAUUCAAGCUGGGCGGUGAAUAUCCCAUCAAUCACACCAUCCACAAACAGACCAUCAUCAAUAUUUUGAUACUGGUCGAAAUGGUUCUGGUCUCAAUGCUGGCACAGAGCGCUUAUCGUACGCCGAUUCAAGUGCAAAUCGACGAAUCGAAUCACAACUGAAAGGAUUGUGCUUUUCAGUUGGUUAGGGGCAAGAGUUAUAGCAAAUGAUUGUGAUAAUUUACAAUAAUAAAGACAAAUUAGAUUACAAUAAAAA